AAUGUGAGUCUCCGCUCAGAGGCAGCGCUGUCCUCUGUGCUUCUUGGCAGCAUCUUGUGGAAGUGCAGUUGGAGGAGGUCGCGGAACACUCUCGGCUCGGCGCGUAUCGUCCUCGGCCGGCAAAUGUACUUAUGAUUGUGGGAAUUUACCGAGAGCACAGCUUACUGUUAGUCCCUUCCAAGCGAGCAGAAUUAAGUGCAGAGCGCAAACACUGCUGGAGCAGAGGGCAUCCUCUCUUUUUUGUUCUUGCUUUUUAAGAGGACAGGAGUUACUGUGAAAAAAAGGAAAAUAAAGAAAAUGAAAUAACGUGUGUGAAACAACGCGUCUGACGGAUAGUGGGAUUACAAUCACAGCAGUUUAAUGAAGAGGAAAAAAUCUGCAUCCUAGGACAAAUUAAAACUCUUGUAUUCAAGCGAGAGCAUUCCAUUCACAAGCAAUUGGAUGAGAGUCUACUUAGCCCUCGGCAACUAAAGAUGAUGCUACCAUGGAAACAAAUUGUUCUGCUAUCAAUCACCGGAUGCCUUGCAGCCUGUACAGAGGAUGUCAUAUUUCAAGGGCCAAGAUGGAGGACGGAGCCAAGUGACCUCAUUUUACCAAUCAACUCCCCAGACCACCAGGCUACCAUUACGUGUGAGGCAGAGGGGAGCCCUCCUCCACAGUACAGAUGGUCACUAAACGGAACACUCAUUGAUCUUGGGAAUGACUACCGGCGUCACAUGUCUGGGGGCAGCCUGAUCAUUAGCAACCUGGACAAGGACCAAGACACCGGGGUGUACCAGUGCACAGCUUUCAACACGUGGGGGUCCAUACUCAGCCGCAGAGCCAGCCUUCAAUUUGCAUACCUGGAUAACUUCAAAACUCAAUCAGUGAGGAGUGCUGUCAAUGUGCGUGAAGGCCAAGGAGUGGUUCUUUUAUGUGGACCACCGCCACAUUCUGGAGAGCUGACAUUUGCGUGGAUCUUCAAUGAAUACCCUCACUUUGUCCAACAAGACAGUCGGAGAUUCAUCUCUCAAGAGACAGGAAGCCUGUACAUCGCCAAAGUGGAGCGCUCAGAUGUGGGCAACUACACCUGUGUGGUUAACAACACUGUCACAAGGGAGAAGAUCCUCAGCUCUCCCACACCACUGGUCCUCAGAAGCGAUGGAGUAAUGGGUGAAUAUGAACCCAAAAUAGAAGUCCAUUUUCCCGAUUCAGUUCCAGCAGCGAAAGAAUCAGCGGUGAAACUGGAAUGCUUCGCUUUGGGAAACCCCGUCCCAGAAAUAAGCUGGAGGAGAACGAGCGGCGUCCCUUUCCCCAGCAAAGUCAAAAUGAAGAAUUCAAAUGCCGUCCUGGAAAUCCCUAAUUUCCAGCAGGAGGAUGCGGGGACGUACGAGUGCAUGGCGGAGAAUCGCAGAGGCAAAAAUGCUGCACGGGGCCGUAUUUCAUUCCACGCUAAACCUCACUGGCUCCAGACGAUGGCGGACACAGCUCUUUCCAUAGAGGGAAACCUCUUCUGGGAAUGUAAGGCCAAUGGAAAGCCUAAACCAUCCUACAGCUGGCUGAAGAAUGGGGAGCAAGUGAUGGCUGAUGGCCGUGGACAAAUUGAAAACGGGGCCCUUUCUAUAUCUUCGUUAAACCGUUCCGAUUCUGGGAUGUAUCAGUGUGUGGCUGAAAACAAACAUGGAAUUAUUUAUUCCAGUGCCCAGCUAAUGGUGUUAGCUUCACCUCCUACUUUCUCCAAAAGUCCACUAAGGGCCUUGCUAAAAGCUUGCUCAGGCAGCGAAGUCACUCUUGAAUGCAAGCCUCAGGCCUCACCCCCAGCAAUUAGCUUGUGGAAGAAAGGGAAUGAAAUCCUGCAGAGAACUGAAAGGAUUGCUUUGCUUCCAGAUGGAACAUUAAAGAUUGCCAAUGUAACCAAACGGGAUGCAGCUAGCUACACGUGUAUCGCUAAGAAUCGGUUUGGGACGGCAAGCACAACAGGAAGACUGAUUGUCACUGAGCCCACCAGAAUCACCAUGAGGCCUACUAACAUGGAGAUUAUUGUUGGCGAGAGCAUCGUGUUACCCUGCCAGAUUGCCUCCGAUCCAGCUCUGGAUGUCUCUUUCUCGUGGGCAUUCAACGGCCAGCUCAUCGACUUCCAGCGAGACAGCGAUCAUUUUGAAAGAGUGGGUGGGAGCAUAUCAGGGGAUCUGAUGAUUCGUAACAUCCAGCUGAACCACGGUGGGAAAUAUGUCUGUGUUAUUGACACUGAUGUGGAAAACCUGUCCACCUCUGCCAUUUUGGUCGUCAAAGGUCCCCCAGGUCCUCCGGACAAGGUAUCAGUGGAGGAAAUCACAGACAGUACAGCACAGUUAUCCUGGACUCCCGGAAGGGACAACGGCAGCCCCAUCACCGGCUACAUCAUCCAGGCUCGAACUCCUUUUACCGUGGGCUGGCAGGCUGUAGACACAGUGCCAGAGGUGGUCAAUGGUAACAUGCUGACAGCCACGGUGGUGGGUCUGAAUGCGUGGGUGGAGCACGAGUUCAGGGUGGUGGCACGCAAUGCUGUAGGGCUUGGCGAGCCUAGCCCAGCCUCAGCCAAGACCAGGACGGAGGAUGCAAUUCCCGAUACAGCUCCCACUGAUGUUGGAGGUGGAGGCGGCACAAAGUCUGAAUUAGUGAUAACAUGGGAGCCUGUGCCCGAGGAACUGCAGAACGGAGAGGGCUUCGGCUACAUCAUCGCCUUCAGGCCUGUGGGCACGGUCACGUGGACGCGAGCGGUUAUCUCCACACCCGCGGCGCGUUACGUCUUCCGAAAUGACACCAUCCCACCCUUCUCGCCUUUUGACGUCAAAGUGGGGGCAUACAACAACCGAGGCGAGGGGCCCUUCAGCUCGAUCGCCGUCGUGUACUCGGCAGAGGAAGUCCCCAGUGUGGCUCCUAAGAGGGUUAGGGCUAGAAGUGUGUCUGCAGCACAAAUUGAAGUGAGCUGGGAAGCUCUUCCCACCAUCCCUGAAAGAGUGCUUGGAUAUGAGGUCAUGUACUGGGAAGAUGACACCAAGCCUGACACUAUUGGCAAAGUGCGCUUAUCUGGAAACUACACGCUGGUUAAUAUCACAGGGCUGAAAGCAAAUACGGCGUACUACCUGUCUGUGGCUGCUUUCAAUACGGCUGGCCCUGGGCCACAGUCCGUGCCCAUCAACAGCACCACAAAGAAACCACCUCCAGAUCGGCCUCCGCUCAACAUACAAUGGAACAUGAUUGGCUCCACACUUACGCUGCACUGGAACCCUGUAGUAGCCAUGGAGACAGAGUCAAAGGUCACUGGGUAUUUGGUGAUGCUGAAGAGACAUCGCUACAAUGACAUCCUUACUGUGUUGACCAACCGAACCACUGCUGAGCUCAGCCUCUCAGCCAACGACAACUAUCUCAUCCAGAUCAAAGCCGUGAGCGAGGGCGGCGAAGGUGUGGGAAGUGAGCCUAUCCACAUCCAUAAAUUAAGUAUGGGAGCGCGGGGCUCAGGCGCGAGUCACCUCAGCCCGCUGUGUCACUCUGCAGUCCUCAUCGUUGCUCUGCUCCAUCUGGUGAUCUUUAAUCACAGCCGAUGGAGUGCUCUCCCUCUCUCCCCCUCCAUCCCUUCAGUCAGCCUGUCCUAUGUUAACCCUCCACUGGACUGGCACAAGGCCCGGGUUUCAGCGGCUGGACUGGGGAAGGCUGGAAAAGACCGGACUGCGCCAAACUCUUAAAGAGACCGUGCCACUUCUUCUUAAAGGACCAUCAGAUAGAGAUGUGAUGAUUUGCGUGCAUGAAAUCUUUUGGUAUUUUUUCCAGUGUCAUAAGUGCCACCGUGCUUUAGGUUUCAUUUUAGAAGUUCUGAUGUCUACAUGACUUAUCUUAGUAUCUUUGGAGAUACUAAUGCCUUAAAACCGACUUUACAUAUAUAGUCCAUACCAAAGUAGGUAACAGAGGCUGCUUGUUUUACCCUAUAAGAAAAAAAUAAGUUAUUGUCUCAGCAAAUUGAUAUAAUAUAACGAUAGAUUGCAUCCAUACUUGAUCAUCUCACAAGUCAUUAAAACCACACUUAUCCAGUAUUUGUGCAGCCUUUUCGAACAAAAACAUCCAUUGCAGGCUUAAAGUUCUACAAGGUUUUGUCAAAUGUGUGAAAGAUGAAUAGCCAACUGAUCAACUGUGUCCAAAUCCCACUUAACCUGUGCACUCAAAUAAACUUAAGACUGUUCAAGAGCCAUAGGCUCCUGAGCUAAGUUCCCCCUCCCAGUACUCUGAUAGAUCGUGGCAUUUUGCUGUGUUUCAUGCUCCUCUAAAUAAUAAAUACCUAUCCACAUUUUCAGCCUAGCAGAAAAAAAAAGCCCAGAUUCCAGAGAAUAGAAACGUUUGGUAUUUCAAUGUCGAGCAGAUCCCAUGUGUACUGUUCCUCCUCUACAUUUAGACGACCUGUAUACUAGAUCAGUUCAUCGUAUCGAGAACAUGUACCAUCUACACCCCAGAUGACCAGCUGGCCCGGUGCACAGUGGACUUUGGGAUAACAGUGCCUUCGGUAGAGGUAUAUAAAUUUUUUUUUCCUCUUUCUUUCCUCUUCAGAGAGCUUAGAAGAGAGAUUCGUGUUGCAGCAGAGGUAUUGUUUGCUUUUCUUUUCUGCAGAAAUUAGUUAGAAAGGAUAGGAACCUCGGCAUGUAGAAGAACCCAUUAUCGGAAAUGGUAUGUUGAUUAAAUUUUCAUUGACACACCGGAGCACCUACGACAAAAGGGGAUUGGAAGCUUUAGGAAAGCCGCAAUGGAUUGAGAUAAAUGACGGAAAUUCUGGUCUCAGUAUUUAUGGUCUGUGGUAUAAUAAAUGUAUGACUCCAUCCGUAGCAUAAUUUAUGGGCUAUUAAGGUAUCAGAAUAAUUGAUGCGAAUACCGUGGUGAAAGAGCCCUGACUGGAAAUGGAGCAAAAGGCAUGGCUGUCAUUUUACCCCCACCUCAUCGCUGUCGGUUGGACACAUACCAAGCUGAACAUUAACAAAGGAACAUUGCUGCUCUGCUGAGGGAGCUACUUUUCACGCCUUUUUAUCAUGUGGAUGAGUCUGUCAAAAGCCACCCAAGUAAAAGCAGAGGUGUGAUUGCUGGGGUCCUGACAAUGUUCACGUGGAAGGAUACAGUCAACCCAACUGCUACACAUUACUGUGCCUUUGCCGAACACGGGGCUGCGUACGGUUAUUAGCUAGAGACUGUCAUCGUCUGCAUUUUGCACUCUUUACUCCCCCUCCCUCCCUAAAGUCCCCACCUCAAAGUCGAAUGAAAGCACAAGGAAUUGAUGCAAGGUGACUGGAUGUCCUCACUUAAAUGUCUGAGCAGGUGUGCGGACCCCAGCGGCCUCGUAAAAAAAGUCCGACAUAAUCAGGCUGUCCUAUCCGCUCCUUGACUGGUUUCAUAAAGCGCCGCGCUUGUUGAUUAGACUGCUGCAGACCAGUCAAUGGGAUAUUGAUUUUCCUGCCCCAUUAUUACAGCUGUCACAAUUCAGCUGCUUGAUUGACUGAUGGCCGUGUUCUUAUUGCACUUGUUGUGUUACAGUCAGUGAUGUUUCAGAUGUCCUCCACUACUUUUCUCCCUAUCGGAAGACUUCAAAGACAUUCUUUUUAUUUUCUGUUGUUGUUGUGUUUUUGGUUUGACUAGAAAUCACUGUAUUUGCUCCGCUUGUAGUGUACUUGUAGAUUGUGACUUUGAAUUGGAGCAGUGACCUGAAAUUGAUUAGCUGGUUUAUUCUUUUGAGUUGCACAUCAAAACAAACCCUGUCGUGCUCCAGCAGCAGUACUACUGUAUCUUUCUUUCCAAGAGCAGAAAGGCCCGGUCACACCAGCAUUUAAAACGGUGAAAUUUCAGUUCCAGAGCAGUUCAGGCUUGCUUUGAUCAGUGCAGUCACUUUUCUUGCCUUGAGUUAAACACGGGUGAAUUUUUGGUGGCGCUGACAUUGCUUACAGCAUAAGAAUCCAAAUAGGGGGAGCUAGCCUGGCUAAUUUACUCUGCUGCACUAUCAACUUUUAUUUAACUGCAGUAUGUUUAAGUGUAUCCUGCUCAACAAAAGAUCUGUUUCUGUGAGCUUCAGUGGUGCGAAUCCUCUCUCUUGCAUAAACUGUGUGUCCUUAAUGUCCCAUUAUGACAGUACUAAUGACCUGGCAGUUUGCAAUCUAGCUAGCUAUUUUUUUCCCCGGGUUGGAGCUAAAUUGGAUGAGCCAGCUAAAUACGUUUGUGAUUUUAUCUGAUUUAAAGCAUAAAUGGAUUCAGCAGGCAUGUGCACCCACCAAGGCAAGGUGGGUGCACAUGCCUGUUUAAUCUAUACUGUUUAAUCUAUAAGUGCUGUACAGUAUACAGAUACAUCUAUCUGUAUUCCAAUACUUAAAUAUGAUGGACAGUUUGCAGCUAUGUACUAAAGUAAAAUUUAAAAUAUUCUCCUAUGAAAAUGAGUUGGACCAAAGUAUCUGAAAUUAUAGUUCACGUACAAGAAGAAAGUGAGAGUCGUGGCAUUUUCCUUUGCACAUUUCGUGUUUUUGCAUAUUAUGCAUUUUGCUGCAUAAACUUUACAUGUAUAUCACAUGAUUUUUACUUUUGAGGUGCUGACCUUUUUUUUCAUAGCUCUUCACUAGUCUGCUUUGAUUGUCAGGCAAGUCUUUAAUCAUAUAUGUCUCCCUCUGGAGCCAAUCUAGUGCCAAACCUUUUCUACCAUUUGGUAAGUCUUCACUGAGUGAAUCCUCGGAACAAGAUAACAGCGUGGAAUAAAUAACCCAGUAGACAGAAAGCAGAAGGAUUUAAGAGCCCUAGCUCGAGCGUGGUCCUAACUCCACAGCAUGUCCAGUAAUUCACAAACUGGCCAGUCAAGCUGUGAUGCCUGUUUUAUGAAUUUGGUGUGCAGUUUUCUGGUGUGACCGGGCCUCAAAGCAGCUUGCGUGUUUCUGAGUGGUGUUAAUAUUUCCAUUAAUAUCCAAAUAAGGUAACCUCAUCGCCAGAUUGCAGGCUAAAAGGUUAUUAAUUUACAGUACGUAAUUAUGUGGCAGUUUCUCAAACUGCCUUUUAUUUACAUAGACGUAGUUGAGCCUAAUGUGUAACGUCUGCUCAUGUUCACAUAAGAAAAUUAAAGUAUUGUUUCUGACCUUGUGCUAUAAAAAAUACUACAAAGUACAAUCUGAAGAAAUAAAGGGAUUAUUGGAGUGGCUGAAAUGUAUUGAACACAGAGCAACAACGUAUCUAUUUAUAUCCAUUCAGUCAUUUCAGUCAGUUUGGUUUUUUGUGGUUGUUGCUAGAAGUGCACCAGGUCCAGUGUAUAUAGCUUGCAUAUAUUUCUUUUUUAAAUAUGGCCAUCAAAGACAACCUUACUGCUUUUCUAUAGUGUGUUCUCUGACCUUAAUACUGGUGUAUUAAUCAUUGAUCUCUGUGAGAUACUGACAUGUAGAAUGGCAUUUUCAUAUUGAAAAGUAACUGUACUGUCUUGUAUACUAAAAUUGUGCAUGUUAAUCAUUGUUUGUGAAUUUGUGUUGAGUUUUUUUCUAAAACUAUAAGUUAAUAAAAAUGUUUAUUCCA